UGCUAUUCUUAUCGGGUGAUGAUCUACACAUAGACAAGUGUAUGACAACACAAUCUGUUAUUUAAAUGUGCUAUACACAUGCGGUGUAUUAACUAUUAGGUACCUGUGAUCGCAGUGCACUCAGUAAUUGGAAAAACCCAGAUUGUACCUUCGGUUUAGAAGGGCAUCCCCGACGAGUAAAAGGCGGACAAAGAUAUCAAGUCAUAAAUGGCGACUUCGGGGACCCCAAACGACUGGCAAAGCGGAAAGACGCUGUCACAAUGUAUGGACCACGUAUUAACGUCUGGCACAUCUAGUGAUGUAACCUUUCUUGUCGGUGAGGACAAGAAAAGGAUACCUGCCCACAAACUGAUCCUUAUAAGUAGAAGCCCAGUAUUCUACGCCAUGUUGGAGGGUCCAAUGGCCGAGAAAGGGGAGAUAGCCAUUCCGGAUAUAACCGAAGACGUCUUUCAGCACUUUUUACGAUAUCUGUACACAGACACAAUCGACUUGACGGAGAUGAACGUAGUACCUGUGCUGAAUGCUGCCAGGAAGUACUGUGUCGACAUUCUAGUUACCAACUGUGAAGACUUUCUGACCAAAAGUCUGUCAGCGGAAAAUGCUUGUCUGUUCUUGGAACAUGCCCAUGUUUUCUUGAUGGAUAAACUGAAAACCGAGUGUCUUAAAGUGAUAAGUGAAUCUUCAACAGAUGUUCUGCAAUCGCAGGCCUUUUCUGACCUAUGUCCGAGUUGUUUGACCAGUAUCACGGAAUCAGAUGACCUUGCUGCUGAUGAAAGUGACGUGUACAAGGCCGUCAUCAGAUGGGCGGAAGCUGAAUGUAGCCGUCAGAACACAGAGAGCAAUCCCGAAAACAAACGGCAAGUCCUCGGAGAUAGUCUGCACACCGUGAGGUUCCCGAAAAUUGAUUCCGACUUUUUCUUCAAGCAAGUGUGUCUCGAUAAAGUACUUCCAGGGGACAUGGUACUGGAUGUAAUCAACUGCAUCAUGCACGACGAGGUCAAGGAUGUGCCUUGGCUAAAUCUAAAUGCCCGAAAAUAUACUAUAUCUACAAGGGAGAGUGUUUGGCGAUUUAAGGAUUCUUUGAAUGGAGUGUGGCCCGGCACAUGUUACCCUGAAGCUAUUUCCUUUCAGGUUCCAUUCGCAAUGAAACUAUACGGAACCGGGUCAUUUUUAACUAGUACAGAGCCUAGCACGGUUGAUAUAGAGGUGUAUGAUGGAUAUACUCUUCUAUACAGCGGGAGUAAGUUGCCCCUGGUCAAAAACGAUUCCAUAAAUACAGGCGAUGUUGUGCUUGCGGAGCCAAUUCGACUAUUGGCUGGAAAAACGUACACAAUCAAAGAAGAACCAUCAGCAAUAAAACAACACUACUCCGAAACAGGGUUAGAGAACGUAGACUGUAAAGGCAGAACAAUUACUUUUAUCCACAGUUCCAUGUCCCGAGGCUCGACAGUUCGUCGGGGUCAGAUUCCGUUUCUUAUCAUAGGAUCAUAGAUGAUAUCGGCGAUGAACAUAACAAUGAAUCGGCUAGAUACCACCUAUAUUAAACAAUCGUCUCCAUUUGAAGAUCACCAUUUCGUCAUCCAAACACAGAAGUUUAGUAUAAAUAUUGAUACUCAUUACGAUACUAUCACUGCGAUGAUAACUCCAUGGGUUGAUUUACUGUACUUCACAUGUAUUGACGCAUCAAUCAUCGUGGCGUUUUGGACAAAAUAUUUAAAGUGGAAGUCAUACUAACUAAUAACGACGUAAGUACGUCAAUGUGUUGUCUAUAAGUUAAUGACCAUCUUAAUCAUCAUUGAGAUGAAAAUUGAUUUCUAUAAAAAUCGAUCUGAAAAAUCGUUGAGAUUGAAAUAAGUUUCUACAAAAAACAAAUGAAUUAUUCAAGACGUUAAGUAUCGAUAUAAUUUUCAACCUUUCUGAUCACAGGAGAUCAUAGUCAAUCUGAGGGAUGAGUUUUAUAUAUUUUGUUAGAUAUGCUAAGAUGUACAUUUAAUGACAAAUCAUGCAAAUGAAACAAAUUUUGAAGCAAUGAAACUUUUACUUCAGUUAAAUCAGCUUCAAAAACAAACGAAGUUUUAAGGUCAAAGUGUUUGUGGUUGCAAUCCUCAACAAUUCGAGCAAUUUUGCCAAACUUUUUGCCUCAAAACCCUCUGUUCAGAGAAUACUGUUCUCUUAUAAUCAUGCUUUACAUUCAGUCUCGUUCUUUCAUCUCAAUGUAAAUCAAAUAAUUUCAAGCAAGAGCGUCAUUUCACACAAUGGUAAUCUAAUUUCUUUAGAAUGCAAGCAAAAACAUUUUUUUUCAUGAAUUGAUGGAAUUUUCCUAACAUCACAAACAUUUACACAUUUAUUUUACCUUUAACAAGAGGCCAAAAGUAAUUUAAAGCUUACCUGCUAUAGUUAAACACGAAACAGACAAAUGGAUUACAUAAAUAAAUGUUUAGUUUGCAUUACUGUAUGUUUUUAUCAUUUUAUGAUUUUUG